AUGGGAAACGCCUUUCCAGAUCUAGAAACAAUGCAGUCUUCUCCAAUCUUAUUAGAUUUCUCCUCGGCCUUUCGUCACCCACGCGCCGCCGCAGUGGCCACCACCUCCUCCUCCUCCGCCGUGUCAAUUUCACAUCCCCAGACGAGAAAAUUUCACUCUAGCAACGUAUCGUUAUCCUCUUUUUCUCAUUCGUCGACAUUACUGCUAGCUUCUUCUCCCCGUAGAUGUUUCUCGUGCCGAUUUGGGGACGGUUCUCCGCGGUUCGAUUCGAGCGACGAUGAUUAUCGUAGCGAGGAUGAUACUGAAAUCGAUGAGGAUGAUUAUAUGGUUGAUUGCUUGACAGAUGGGAAGACGGAGGAUUUGGUAGGCGACGAUGGGGUUCUCAUCGUGCUGAAGAAACUCGAGAAGAGCUCGCGGCGAAUCAGUUCGAAGAUUGGGAUGGAAGCGAGCCUGGAUUCCGUUUGGAGCGUAUUGACUGAUUACGAGAAGCUAUCGGAUUUCAUCCCGGGCCUCGUCGUCAGCGAAUUGGUCGAGAAGGAAGGGAAUCGUGUUCGCGUCUUCCAGUAUUUUCGUAUGGGCAUUGAGUGGUUUCUUGGAGCUGUGAUGAUGUUGGACACAAUGGUUACUUGGAGCUGUGAUGAUGAUGGAGACAAGUCACACAACGAGAUCUCUCACAUUCUCUGCAUUGCGUUUCUUUCAAAACAGAUGGGACAGCAGAACUUAGCACUGGGUCUUAAAUUCAAUGCCAAAGCUGUUCUUGAUUGUUUCGAGAAGGAGCUUGAGAUUCUGCCUCAUGGGAGGAGACGCGAAAUCGACUUUAAGAUGGUCGAAGGCGAUUUCCAGUUGUUUGAAGGCAAAUGGUCCAUCGAGCAAUUCGACAAAGGGAUUCAAGGAGAGGAGGCUUUGGAUAUACAGUUUAAAGAUUUUCGAACGACGCUUGCGUACACGGUGGAUGUAAAACCAAAGAUGUGGUUACCGGUACGGUUAGUUGAAGGAAGAUUGUGCAAAGAGAUCAAAACAAAUCUCUUGAGUAUUCGAGAUGCAGCUCAGAAAGUCAUUGAAGGUGUUAUUCAUGAUCUUUGA